AUGAUCCCCCAUUAUGAUUGCCCUUUGAAAGAGUCGCCAAACUGUUCACAAAUUUUUCUUUCUCACUCAUUAAAAACUGCUCACCUGGGCCAAACACUGCACUGCGCUAAGAUAUAUAUAUAUAUAUCCUCUUUCUUUCUUUCUUUCUUUACUCGUCAGUCUUGCUCUGCGCACUGCUGAGUUUAGAAAAUAUUAAUUUAAGUUUAAUAUUAAAGCUAGCUACUUUAUUUUGUUUUCUUCCUAAUUCUCUCUCUCUCUCUCUCUCUCUCUCUCUCACAAUUAAAGAGCAAGCGAUCGAGGAGGAGAACGCGAGGCUUCCUUCUUGACAGGAAUUAUUCUAUCUCGGCCUACAGUAAGUAGGUAGCCGGGCGGGAAUGGAGAAAUUAUUGCUAGUAUUAUUGGGUAGACAUCGGCGGGGGCAGGGGGUGAUGAUGAAUUUGAUUUUGAUUUGGUGGUGGUAUAAUUGCCUGGAUUGUUAUAACAAUAAUAGUAAUAUGAUGAUGAUGGGCUUGGGGGUGAGUGGUGCGCGGCUCAACGACGGCGGGGCAUCUGGAUCAUCUCGGCUGGAGAUGUUUGUGGAUGACCUCCCGGACAUGCCCCGAAUCAGGGCCUUCAGUCACCAUCAGGAUGUGGAUGUUGACGUUGAUGGCCACCGUCGAGUUCCUGUUCCUAUUCCCCUUGCCUCACCUCUGCGUAUUGGCAUGUAUUCUAAGAAGUGGAAAUUUCACCGAGACCUGCCCCCCUCGCCGGUGUUUGCAUAUGGCAGGUCCAGGAAGGCUGCCACAGUACCGGGCCCCACAAUCGAGGCCCUCCACGGAGUCGAGGCCCGUGUGACGUGGGCCAACCAUCUCCCGCCGGGAUCCGACCACAUCCUGCCAUGGGAUCCCACCAUCCCCACCGCCAAACCCCGCAAGCGUACCGGCAUCCCCACCGUCGUGCACCUCCACGGCGGCAUCCACGAGCCCCAGAGCGACGGCCACGCCACCUCAUGGUUCACCCCCGGCUUCAGGGAGCGGGGCCCCUCUUGGGACCGCAAGACUUACAGCUACAACAACCUCCAGCAGCCCGGCACCCUGUGGUACCACGACCAUGCCAUGGGCCUCACUCGACUCAACCUCCUCGCCGGCCUAGUCGGAGCUUACGUCAUCCGCCACCCCAGCCUCGAAUUGCCCCUCGGCCUACCAGAGGGCCGCACAUUCGAUCGCCCCCUCGUCGUGUUCGACCGCAGCUUUUGCCGAAACGGCUCCCUAUUCAUGAAUUCCACGGGCAACAACCCCUCCAUCCAUCCUCAUUGGCAGCCCGAGUACUUUGGUGACGUCAUCGUCGUCAAUGGCAAGGCCUGGCCACGCCUGGCCGUGCAGCGGAGGAGACACCGCUUCCGAAUCAUCAAUGCCAGCAACGCCCGGUUCUUCCAGUUCUACUUGGAUGAUCCAGGCCUGGAAUUCGUCCACGUGGCCUCGGACUCGGCCUACAUUGAGAGGCCGGUGGCGGCCAAAGAGUUCGUACUAGCCCCGUCUGAGAUUGUUGAUGUGGUCAUUGAUUUCUCCAAGUCCAAAUCCAAGUCUGGUUCGGUUAUUCUGCGGAACCGCGCCCCGUAUCCCUAUCCCUCCGGUGAUCCUGUCAACCAAGCCAACAGUAAGGUCCUAAAAUUCAUCCUCUCCAAAGGGGGGCAAGAGUUGGACGACAAGUCAAAAAUCCCUCAACAAUUGAUCAAAUACCCGUCUCCAGAUCCGUCCACCGCCUCCGUCACAAGGUACAUCGGAUUUUUUGAAUACUCGAGCAAUACCGGGGAGCCGACCCACAUGUACAUCAAUGCGAAGCCUUUCGAGGCUCCCGCCACGGAGAUGCCUAAAGUGGGCGCGACAGAGAUCUGGAAUGUGAUCAACUUGACAGAGGACAACCAUCCUUUGCACAUACACCUGGGUCUUCUUGCAGCCUUGGAACAGGUGGAAUUGGUAGACUUGGAAAGUUUUAAAGAAUGCAUGUUGAAAGUGAAUGAUGCAGUGCGAUGCCGGGUGAAGGAGCACGCCCGUGGGAAGAAGAUACAAGUGCCUGCGCAGGAAAGAGGAUGGAAAAAUGUGUACAAGAUGAUGCCAGGAUACCUGACGAAAAUACUAGUAAGGUUCUCACAUAUCCAUUCCAAUUCUUCCUACACUUUCGACGCAACAGCCGAACCAGGCUACGUCUACCAUUGUCAUGUAAGCAAAGCUAGCUAGCUACUUCUAAAUUGCAGUACAGAAGUAUGAUAUCAUAUCCUCCACUACACCUACACUAGUGACGUGGUUGGUAAUCUUGCAGAUUCUGGAUCACGAGGAUAAUGCUAUGAUGAGGCCACUCAAGUUGACUCACUGAAACAUGCAUCACAAAGAAUAAGAAGAACAUCAUAAGUGACGAGGCUUGUUGCAAUAAGAGAGGAGGGGAGGGAAGCAUGGAAAAUAAUGUGCUGUGUGUAUAAAAACAGCUUCUAGAUACAUGCAUGCAUAUUCAGACAUGGUCGCGGAGGAAGUACAUAUAUAUAUAUAUAAGUAAUAUGCUCAUUUGAUA